AUGCAUCUCCAGGCUCUUGUGUGUGUUCUAGCAGCAUGUUAUGAAUCGGUCAUCACUCUGAAAGCAACCAGCAACGAACAGAAAGGUGACGCAAAAGAUGUGACUCCACUACUGCUUAUAUCGUUCGAUGGUUUCCGGGCAGACUAUCUGGAACAAUACCCGUUGCCUAAUCUACAGAAAUUCUUCUCCAAUGGUGUUCUUAUUCAUCAGCUUACUAACGUCUUCACUACUAAAACCUUUCCUAAUCAUUACAGUCUUGCCACCGGACUGUAUGCGGAAAGUCAUGGAAUUCUGGCAAGUCGCAUGUAUGACUCUGAGACAAGAAAACAUUUUACUAUUGCUAAUUCUAGCGAUCCAUUCUGGUGGAACGAAGCCACACCGAUUUGGGUUUCUGUGCAGAACCAGAAUUAUAAAUCUGCAGCUGCAAUGUGGCCGGGAACAGAUGUGGUGAUUCAAAACCAUACAUCAACAUAUUAUUUAAAAUAUAACCCAAAGGUUAGAUUUAAUGAAAGACUGGCCAACCUGACAAAAUGGCUCAAUGAAGACAGUUUGGUCAAGUUUGCUGUUCUGUACUGGGAAGAACCAGAUAAUACUGGACACAUCUAUGGACCUGAAAACACCACAAUGAUGGCCAAGGCACUGAAGGAAGUAGAUGACCAUGUGGGGUUUCUUAUGGAUCAUCUUAACCAAACAGGACUAUUGGGGAAAAUUAAUGUGAUUAUUACUAGUGAUCAUGGGAUGGUGCAGUGCUCCCAGGACCGACUGAUUAGGCUUGAUGACUGUGUCGAUCGGAAUAGCUAUGUUUUAGUGGACACCACUCCAGUGGCUGCCAUCAUACCAGUCAACGAUUCCUCAGACCUGUACAAAAAUCUUAGCCACUGCCAUGCACACAUGAAGACUUACAGGAAAGCUGCAAUACCCGACCAGCUGCAUUACAGAAACAACAAGCGCAUUCAGCCCAUCAUCCUUAUAGCUGAUGAAGGCUGGACAAUCGUCCAGCAUGGAGACCUUCCACGAUUGGGUGAUCAUGGCUAUGAUAGCUCUCUGACCAGCAUGCACCCCUUCCUGGCAGCCCAGGGCCCUGACUUUCGGAAAGGCUACCGGAUGAAAAGCAUCAACAGUGUGGAUCUGUACCCGCUCAUGUGCAACCUACUGGGGAUCCCCGAGAUGCCUAAUAACGGCAGCUUCAGCAACGUGCGCUGUGUGCUGCUCAGAGAGAAGUGCUCAGACCUGGCAGCCGUCAUAGGCAUCGUCAUCGGUGCCUUCAUAGUUCUCACCACCAUCACCCUCCUCUUCAGACUAUUAAAGAACAGGGAGCAUUCCUCGUCACGGCCGUUUGCACGAUUGGAGCUGGAGGAGGAUGACGACGAACCUUUGCUUGAAUGAGAGUGGAAAUUUUAGGGUUGGUUUAAGAAAAUGCAACAUACUUACCCAAAAAGAAAUGUACAAAAUAAUAAUACUAAAAAAGCACAAAUCUAAACACAAAAAAAGAGAAAUUAUCAUAGGAAGGCGCUUUGCUUCUGUAGCGACAGUUUGCUUAUUGUCACAUAUAGCUAUCCAAAGAAUACAGUUGCUAUUUAUUUACAUGACAGCUUAAAGAUGCAACAAGUUCCUAUAAAUUCCUGCUUACCCGUUUAUUUUUUUCUAGGCUAGGUAUAUACUGAAACAACAAAUUAUAUUCAGAUAUUAUAUUAAGAUGAGUCCUGUAUGUAGUGAGGGUAAUAUGUGUUGGGGGGGGGGAUUUUAUUUUUAUUUUUCAAUAUUUGCAGAUGAAUGUCAGGUCCUAUAUAAUGUAUAAAGGCGUAGCAUAAUACUGCCAUUAUUUUUAAAGCAAAUAUUUUGGGGCACAUACCACAAAACGUAAACUAUAAAACAAAAACUUAAAACAGUAAACUGUAAGUUAAACUAUAAGGCAUUGGUAUUAUCAGGUAUGCUAUGUAUGCCAAGUGCAAUCUUCAUUCACUUUAAUGACUUCUUGGAAAUGUACUGAUAAUCUAGAAUAUAUUUUUCUUUGCUUCAGAGGUUUGAGGGAUUUUUCUGAUCUCCAGCAUUGCGCCAACAACUGAAGCAAUUAAGUUACGGAGUUCUGCACACUGUAUAUUUAUUUCCUUGUGUUUUAUGCUUUAAGGGCAUAUGAAUGUUUAUUUCUUCUGCUUCCUAAGUGAAUAUUGAUCUAUAUAUUUAGAUAUUCUAUUUUUCUAUUCUGGUAGUGUACAAGUGUAGUAAAGGCUGUUCAGUGAUUUUGAAAAGUAUCCUAAGAAUAAUAUGCUUUUAGCGACAUGUUU